UCAGACAAUCAGUUAAUUUGUGGCAGUCAUUCAGACCAGUAGGAUCUGGUGUCCUUUGCUUUAACAAUGGCAUCCACUGGCUGGUUCCAAAAGUUAAUCAAUCCUUCAAAUUUCUUUGAGGCGCAACGCCCAAUUAUAUCCUUCACCUGUUUUGGUGGAAUAACGCCGUUCACCAUUGUAAAUUCUCGCCUACAGUGCACUCCUUUUGGAUAUGUGAAUUCAUUCGUCCAGACAAUGGUUUUCGUGCUGUGCUACGUUAUAACGAUAAUCAAACGCGAGAGCGUCACAGGAUAUUUCUUUGAUUCCAAUAUAAGUAACUUCGGCGACUUUCUGCAAACGGCAACCGGAAUAGGAGCUCUUCUGAUGACAUUUUUGUACAGUAUUGCUAAACGGCAUACACUUAUCGAAGCAUUUCAUUCGUUGGCCAGAACAGACAGCAAUCUGAAAGAAAUCGGAAUCGAGAUAAGCUAUAAGAAAACCAUCUUACGUAAUUAUUUUGUGGUACUGUUUCAAGUACUGGUCCAGAUUCUGUACUUUGCUACAACUAUGUCAAUUGUGCUUAGCUCCGGAUUUCCAUUCAGCAUCACAGCAUGGUUGAUUUUUAUGCUGCCGAUGAUGAUGAUGUCCAUGAUCACCGUUCUGUUCGUUUCCCUGCUAAACCAAAGCAGGUGUCGAUUUCAACAGCUGAACAACAUCCUGGUUUCAUUAAGAAAUAAAACAGUGGAAAAACUAAUGCUCCAAUACGGCGAUCAACAUAUGAAUGCAGUUGUAAAGUUCCAGAAACCAUUCGGAAUGUCAUCGAUAUUUUCAGGAAACACGAACCGCCAGAUGCCCGAUGUGAUCAAUCGCGUGGCUAGCAUUCAAAGUGAAAUCUGCGAUGCCUGUGACUGCAUCGAGGACUAUUUUAAAGUGCAAAUGCUGACAAUAGUGGCAAUUUCGUUCCUGAUUAGUGUGUUCGACUGGUACUACAUUUUGGAGACGAUUUUUACCGACACCUACACCGAUACGCAUUUUAACCGGCUGCAGUUCGUGGCAUUUUUCCUGUAUCAAGGAUUGAUGCAUGUGAUUGUAGUCAUCAAGAUAAUCUUCUUCGCUAGUUUGGCCGUUAAAGAGGUAUGA